UUUUACGUAUGUGCGGCUGUGGCUCUGAAAUCAUACGAAAAUGUCUUUCAUUCCAUUUAGCGCACGCCAAAUAUAAUACAUUACUGAGCGGAGAAGCUAACGCAUACAUUCAUACAUCGGAUCGGAGAAAUAUAGAGAGACCGAAAGAACUGAAAGGAAAUUAUAAAAACGAAACGGCUCAACUCGAUUCUGAACGCAUGCGUGUAUUCUAGCGAACCAAAUCAAACUGUACCAAAUACAAGCGAGCAUACAACCAUUGAUCGGACGUACAGAAAUGAAAGAGAGAGGGAGAGAGCAAAUAUACGAAAAAAUGGAAGAGAAAAUGAGCGAACGCGAGCAAUCGAGAGAAUAAAGAGAGUUCGGAACGCACACAGCCGGCUUCAUAUUCAGUAGCAAUGAGAGAAUACGAUACGGUUCUCUCUCUUUCCCAAUCUCGCAAUGAGUGCGCAUGUGAUUUGACGUCGAGCUUACGUGCGGACGUUCAUUGAACAGCACAUAUGCUGCAUUGAGACGAGUAAAAAACAUUAUUAUAAUGCUGUUGCCUUUGCUGUCGCUCCAAUAAAAUUGCCAGUAGCAAACACAUACACAUACACAUACUAAAUCAAGAGAACAUUAGUGGCAUCACUAUCGCUGAAAAAUGUAGCCUACAUUGGUUUACGUUCGGUGGAUCCUAUGGAGCGUUUAAUUGCCGAAAAAUUCAACAUUAAAAUUUUGGGAAUGGACUAUGUUGACAGAUAUGGCAUAAAUAAAUGUAUUGAAAUGGCGUUGGAUGCGAUUGAUGAGAAGAACAACAGAGACUAUUAUAUUAGUUUCGACAUUGAUGCGUUGGAUCGAUUUGAAGCGCCCAGCACUGGUAUAUCUCUUGCCGGCGGUUUGACACUGCGUGAGGGUAUCCGUAUAAUUGAACGAAUUUUUGAAACGGGUCGCUUAACCGGCUUGGACUGUGUUGAAUUUUGUCCAAACAUUGGCGAUGCAAGGGAUGUGAAAACAACAAUUGACUCGGUCAUUCAAUUGAUAAGCGCUGCUUCAGGCAACAAACGCAGCGGCAACGCACCAAUUACUCAACAUGACAUACCUAAAAAUUGAUAAACUCGAUUUUUCCAUUAAUAAAAAUAAAUCCUUCUAUAAACAAUA